CAUCCUUCAGGUGAAAGCAUGCUUCGUUCUUACCUCUGAGUCGCAUUUUGCUUCCUCGCCCGGCACUCCCAUCUUUCUUUUUGAACUGAAGUUUUUGUUGCGACCAAAACUGCAUCAUGAAAGGGUACUUCUGGCGGAAGACCCUUCGGAUACAGGAACUCGAAGCAAGGAAGAGUUUCCGCACCGAAGCGAUUCGAAAGAUGGAGGAUCAUCCAUCGGAUCAUCCGAUCGGCGGAACCUGGCCUCGGGGGAAGCACCGCGCCGUGGAGGAGGAAAAGCACUCGGAGAAGGCUCGGCUCGUCCUGCCUGCCUCUGCUCCGGCGACGCCUCGACCUUCGUCGCCGCUCGCUCGCGGUCAGUCGUUCGCGGGGGAGAAUCGGAGCGAGAGGAUGAAGAUGGAGAGGAUGAGACUGCUCAAGCAGGCCAUUGGGCGUCCGAUCAACUUUCAGCACGUCUGCCACCUUGGUUUCAAUCGUAAAACGGGGGAAUUUUCUUUGGCCUCCGGUCAGGUGCCUAUUGAAGCCCUCUGCAGUCUUCCCGGCCAGCAGGAGUCCUCACCUCACAAGAGAAAGUUUGUGAUCAAGUUUUUGGAGACCCCUCAAGGAACGGAGGCAACGAUCGAAGAACUAUCGAGCGAUUACUUUCCCCCCGAAAAACAAGGAAAUCCCCUCGAGAAAAAAGCAAAAAGCAUGCCACCCUUGCCACCAAAGAGAACCUCCUCGGCCAAUCAUCUCCUGUCGCAUAAAAACAAGGAAGAAACGUGUGACCUUGUUACAUCUACCUCAGAACCUGUGAUAUUUUCACCACCUUCACCUUCACCUCCAGCUCCACCUCCACCUCCACCUCCACCUCCACCACCUCCUCUCAUUUAUAUUCAGGAUGAAAAUGACACAAGUCUCAUUCAGAGUCCUUGGCCUUCAAUUGCAGAGGACAUGGAAGUCGAGGAAAAAGAAUGCGAAACGAUCACCCUCGUAAACCGAGAGUCCCUCUUCGAAGAAAUCCGUCGAGGAGUCACAUUAAGACGCGCGAAAGACAUCCGAGUGAUGAAAGCAUACGAAGUGGAAGAAGACAUCCUCCGGCAGGUCCUCCGCUGUCGCUCCUCCGCGUUUCUUCCCUCCGAGUGCGACUCCGAGCGAGAAUCCGACUGGGACGACGACGACUUUUGAAUUCAUUCAUUCCCCACGACGAUUGCUUUUGCAAUGUUUGCUUGUUUCAAAAUAAAUUUACUGCCGUCGUGCAUUUCUC